UUUAUAAUGUCAUUGGUGUGAUAAUGGUAUUGUGGCUCUCUCUGUAUAUUUUUUUAGACUUCUGUUGUGAUAGAGAUGUACACUGAAGUACUUAUUAGAAAAAUGUUGUCUUGCCUGGGAUUUGUUUUAAAAUAUUCAGCAGAACUAACAGUAACUAUAAAAAAUAUACAGGGAGAGAAGGAACUGAUGACAGAAUAUGAUGGUUAUUAAAAUCCAGGGAUGUGUUUAUAAAGCUUUAAAUUACAAUUCUAUAUACUUUUACGUCUGAAUAAAAUUUACUUAUGAAAGUAAAUAAUGAACAAGAAAAAACUUAGCUGACUCUGCUAAAUAAACUCUAUUGUUAAUGGAAGUUAUUUUUCUUUGGAGAAGAUUCCCACAUAAUGUAUGCACAAGUAAUGAUAGAAUUUUAAAAAUCAACCUUUUACAACCCACUCAAUGAUUAAAUUCAACACAAAGUUGUCAAAUAUUUUAAGCUAAACAAAGUGUGAGUAAGGGCUUUAAAAUAAGAAUAAGAAAAACACAUUAAAGGCAUAUAAUUUGAUCAUGAGAAGGCUGACACAAUAGCAAAGUCAUCUUGUUUAUAAAGGCCUCACAUUGUUUAAUAAAACAAAUAUUCAGGAAGUAUACUAAUACAAAUUAAUAGAAAAUAUGCAAUCUACAGGUCCUGUGAUGGGUCCCACCCACCACUGUGGGUGUAUAUAAAAGGACUGACCUGGGCAUAUAGGGAUAUUCAAACUAAAGAAACUGAUUCCUUGCUGCUCAACCAAAUCCUCCACUCCUGAAACCAUGUGCUACUACGUCAGCUACUAUGGCAGUCUGGGUUAUGGCUAUGGAGGCCUGGGCUGUAGCUAUGACUGUGGCUGUGGUUAUGGCCGUGGCUAUGGAGGCCUGGGCUGUGGCUAUGGCCGUGGCUAUGGCGGCUAUGGAUAUGGCUGCUGCCACCCAUCUUGUUAUGGAAGAUACAGGUCCUGUGGUUUCUACUGAGAAAUAUCUGGCAACUCACUAGUGGUCUCUUCCACAUGGACUUCCUAAAUCUGCCUUUAUAAUUCUUCAUAUGAGUAAUCCAUUUUUCUAUUGUAAAAUGUCAACAGCAUCCUUAAGUAUCUGGAAGAAAAAAAUAGGUCAGAUUCUGCAAGCCUCAUCUAGAGUUAUUGAAAUCAUUUGACAUGUUUCACAGAUUUUUUUAAAAGCUUUGUUUUGCUAUUGUACUGUCAUUAAAUUGUUGAUUUUUGAUCAACUUAUGUGAGAAGAUAUAAAAAUUUCUUUUAAUAAACAUCUAAUUGAAAAUAUAUUGACUUGUUGCAUUUUAAUUAUGUUUAUUGUGCAUGUGAGUGUUUGCAUUUUGGUGUGUUGGCAAAUGGAAUAGGAAAGAAGAAAAUACGAGAAAAAGAAAGAACACCAUCUUCGGAGCAUCCCAAGAUGACAACGAUGUUUAGACUAGUCCAACUUCAUGCAUAUUUCUGUUUCUCUAUAAAUAUAGCUUGUGUUUUAUUCCCACUCUUCUUGGUUUUAGUGUCAGCGUUUGAAUAGGUCUGAGUGAAUUUACUAUAUUGUGUGCAACUUAUCUUUUAUUUAUGAACCUAUUAUCUUAGUGUUUGUUGACUCAAAUACCUCAGAUGAAACAACUACUUUAUUGGCAGAUUCCAACCAUGUGUUAUACUUUCAUUUGCUAUGGGGAUUUAGAGCCCUAUUGUCCUGAUGUAAAUAUUUCAGAGGUAUCUGUUCAUCAUUCCAACUUUGGAUAUAUUCAAUUAAAAUAAUUCAACUGAAUAUACCUCUUUUGGGAUACUUCAAUAUUUUCAAGUGAAAAUUUGCAGCAUUGCUACAUCUUAUAGCACAUGAUGCUUUCAA